AUUCAGCAGGGGUAGUGUGGAUCCACCACUGGAAUGGUCGUUUUCCCUAAAAUCCCGUAUUUUGGCUUUUUUCCUGUCUAGGUUUCCCAUGUCUGUUUUUUCAGUCCUGAAGUUCUCCACAGGAAGAGAAGGCAACUGACUUAAAGGGACUUAAAAGCAAGUCCUGAACAGAGAAAGAGCUGCAUCGGCUAAGGGAAAGUCAAUGAAGUGCAACUGAUCUCUGCCUUCCCCCAUUUGGUCAUUAACAAAAUUAAAGAAUCCUGGUGAGAGGCUGGAAGGAGCAAAUAUAUCCUCAUCAUGAGAAAAAGCCUCAAGUCUUCCUUCCUUCUUGGUUUCAUCAUACAUAUUCUGUAUUCACUGACUGAACCGCUAGAGCAGGCAAAUAGAUGUGACAAGAAGAUUCUGAUCACCACCAGGACUGAGUGCCGGUCUUGUAGUCUCAACCUUCACAUCAAUUGUCCAGAAGGCUACACCAAAGUGACCAAUGGUUCCUCUGGAGUAAGAGACUGCAGAUACUCCUUCCAGGUCAGGGAUUAUGCCUUGUCUCUUCCUGGAUGCCGACAUAUAUGCAGGAAGGAAUAUCUACAGCCACAAUGCUGUCCAGGAUUCUGGGGUCCAGACUGCAUGGAAUGUCCUGGAGGAGAGAAAUCCCCUUGCAGUGGCAGGGGGCGUUGUUCCGAUGGCAUUGAAGGAAACGGAAGUUGCAUUUGUUUGGAAGGAUAUGGUGGAACAGCUUGUGAAACCUGCGCCGAGGAAAACUUGUUUGGACCUAACUGUACUUCAGUUUGCAGUUGUGUCCAUGGCAUGUGCAACAAUGGAAUGGACGGGGAUGGAGCGUGCUUGUGCUACUCUGCCUAUUCAGGCCCCAACUGUGAUGAGCCAAUCCCUGAAUGUGAAGCUUUGUUAUGCCCAGAAAACUCCAGAUGUUCUACUUCCAGCAUAGAUGAGUCCAUAUUGGAAUGCAAAUGCGUCCCCAAUUACAAAGGAGAUGGCCGGCAUUGUGAGCCUAUCAACCCAUGUGAGCAAAAGGUCUGUGACGAGAAAGCUCAUUGCACUUAUCUGGGACCAAAUCGGCAUCAAUGCACCUGCCGAGAAGGUUACACAGGGGAUGGCCGAGUGUGUGUACCUGUUGACCCUUGCCAAGAAGACUUUGGAGGCUGUCCAACUCAGUCCACAGUAUGCCAGUAUGAUGGCCCCGGGCAGUCCCAUUGUGAAUGUAAGGAGCACUACCAGAAUUUUGCCCCUGGCCUGGGCUGCAGCAUGACGGACCUCUGUGAAUCCAGCAAUCCAUGUCACAAAAAUGCCAACUGCACCAUGAAGGCACCUGGCCAGACAGAGUGUACUUGCCAGAAAGGCUAUGUGGGAGAUGGAUCCAUGUGCUACGGAAACAUUAUGGAACAGUUGCAAAACCUCAACACGGAACCCAGAGGACAGUGGCAAGGAAAACUUACCUUCUUCAUUUCACUCCUGGAUAAAGCCUAUGCUUGGCCUCUCAGCAACCUGGGACCCUUCACUGUGCUAGUUCCAACAAACAAGGGGUUAAAAGGAACAAAUGUCAAGGAGCUUUUGAUGGAUAAAGAGAAGGUUCAAUACUUUGUGAAACUCCACAUCAUCGCUGGCCAGGUAGACAUGGAAGGGUUGAACAGCACAGACACCUUUUACACCUUGACUGGGAAGUCAGGGGAAAUAAUCAAUGGAGACAAGGACAGUCAAAUUAAGCUUAAACUCAGUGGAGGAAAAAAGAAAGGGAAGAUUGUACAAGGGAACAUAAUUGCAUCCAAUGGACUAUUGCACAUCAUUGAUAAGGCCAUGGACAAGAUGGCACCUGUGUUUGAGAGCAGCUCAGAGCAAACCAUAAUGGCAAUGCUACAGCCAAGAUACAGCAGAUUCAGAUCCUUGUUGGAGGUAACAAAUGUGGGCCAAGCCUUAGAUGAAGAUGGUGUUGGGGGACCAUAUACCGUCUUUGUUCCAACUGAUGAAGCCUUAAACAGCAUGAAAGAUGGCGUUCUGGACUAUCUCCUCUCUACAGAGGGCUCUAGAAAACUUCUGGAACUUGUGCGAUAUCAUAUUGUCCCAUUUACUCAGCUGGAAGUUGCCAACAUCAUCUCCAAACCCCACAUCAGGAGCAUGGCCAACCAGAUCAUCCAGUUUAAUACAACCAGCAAUGGACAAAUCCUGGCCAAUGAGGUGGCAAUAGAAGAAGUGGAAGUGGCUGCCAAAAAUGGCCGAAUUUAUACCCUCACUGGAGUUCUCAUUCCCCCCUCCAUCGUUCCCAUUCUUCCCCAUCGGUGUGAUGAGACUCAGAGGGACAUGAAGCUGGGCACAUGUGUGAGCUGCUCCCUGGUAUAUUGGAGUGUCUGUCCUGCCAACUCAGAGCCAUUGAGCCUUUUUACAUCCAACUGUGUCUAUGGUCGCAGGGUAGGGGGCGAGAAAUUUCCUACCAAGGGUUGUGCCAGAUACUGUAACUCUACUGUAAAGAUACCCAAGUGCUGCAAAGGCUUCUACGGCCCAGACUGUAACCAGUGUCCAGGAGGUUUUUCCAAUCCGUGCUCUGGAAAUGGACAGUGUGUUGAUGGGUUCAGUGGCAACGGGACUUGCAUUUGUGAUGAGGGAUUCCAAGGUUCUCGCUGUCAGUUCUGUUCUGAUGCUGGAAAAUACGGACCCCGGUGUGAAAAAAAAUGUUUGUGUGUUCAUGGGAAAUGUGAUAAUCAAAUAGACAGUGAUGGGGCCUGCCUUCCUGGAACCUGUAAGGAUGGAUCAGCUGGAAAGUUCUGUGAUAAGCAGACCACAGCAUGUGGCCCUUAUGUCCAAUUCUGCCAUAUCCAUGCAAAUUGUGAAUACAGCAACAGAUUUGCCAGCUGUGUCUGCAAACAAGGAUACCAGGGUGAUGGGACCAUUUGUACAGAAGUAGACCCAUGUGCAGGAAACAUCCCAGGAGGCUGCAGCAGCAAUGCAGAAUGUGUUAAAACCGGUGCAGGAACUCACAUGUGUGUCUGCCAACCUGGAUGGACCGGAGAUGGAAGAGAUUGCACCGCAAUUAAUAACUGCUUGCUACCCAACUUUGGAGGUUGCCAUGAUAAUGCAACCUGCUUGUAUGUAGGUCCUGGCCAGCACAACUGUGAGUGUAAAAAAGGAUUCCGAGGUAAUGGGAUUGACUGUGAACCAGUAAUGUCAUGCUUGGAACAAACAAGGAAAUGUCAUCCCCUGGCGAGCUGCCAGCCCACUUCCUCUGGCCUCUGGAGCUGUGUUUGCCAGGACGGUUAUGAAGGAGAUGGCCUGAUAUGUUAUGGAAAUGUAGCUAUGGAACUGUCCCUUCUGUCAGAAGCCUCCAUAUUUAACCAAUGGGUAAAUGAGGCCUCUUCACAAGCGAUGCUCGCAAGUGCCUCCAACCUUACAGUCCUGGUGCCUUCCCAACAAGCCAUCAAAAAUAUGGACCAGGAUGAGAAGACCUUUUGGUUGUCAAAAAGCAACAUUCCAACCCUAAUCAAGUAUCAUUCCCUGGUGGGCACCUACAGAACCUCAGACCUCCAGGUCCUGUCUUCUUCAGACAUGCUUGCAACAUCUUUGCAAGGAAAUUUUCUUCAUUUGGCUAAAAUGAAUGGGAAUAUCACCAUCGAAGGAGCUAACAUUGUGGACAGCGACAAGGCAGCCACAAAUGGCAUCAUCCAUGUCAUCGACAAGGUCCUGUUACCCCAAAGAAGUAUGAGUGCUUCAUUACCCAACCUUCUCAACCGACUGGAUCAGAUGCCUGACUAUUCCAUCUUCCGGGGCUACAUCAUUCAAUAUAAUUUAGCCGCCGCAAUUGAAGCUGCCGAUACCUACACAGUAUUUGCCCCAAAUAAUGAAGCCAUUGAAAAUUACAUCAGAGAAAAAAGGAUUACAACGCUAGAAGAGAACAUACUUCGGUAUCAUGUUAUUCUAGAAGAGAAACUCCUGAAAAAUGAUCUACACAAUGGCAUGCAUCGGGAGACCAUGCUGGGAUUUUCAUACCUCAUUGGAUUCUUCCUCCAAAAUGGUCAGCUCUAUGUAAAUGAGGCCCCAGUCAACUACACCAAUGUAGCCACUGACAAAGGUGUAAUCCAUGGUUUGGGGAAAGUCCUAGAAAUCCAGAAGAACAGAUGUGAUAGCAACUACACUACCAUUUUACGAGGAAAGUGUGAAUACUGUUCUCUAAAGACCUGCCCUCCUGGAACUAAACCUAUGGAAGGAGAGGCAAAGAAAUGUAUCUAUGUGACUUUCUUCAUGGGAAAGAGAUCUAUGCAUAUAGGAUGCCAGACAAAAUGUGUCAAAACAGUGAUUACCAGAGAAUGUUGUGCAGGCUUCUUUGGGCCUCAGUGCCAGCUCUGUCCUGGCAAAGUUGGGAAUGCCUGCUUUGGGAAUGGCAUCUGCCUAGAUGGAGUGAACGGCACUGGCGUGUGUGAAUGUGAGGGAAGAUUCAGUGGAACGGCCUGCGAGACUUGUAUGGAGGGCAUAUAUGGUUCCAACUGUGACCAAGUAUGCAGUUGUGUCCAUGGACGAUGCAGUCAGGGGCCCAAUGGCGAUGGGUCCUGUGAAUGUGAAGUUGGCUGGAGGGGCGUGAAAUGUGACACUGAGAUCAAGAAAGAUGACUGUAAUAACACUUGCCAUACCAGUGCAAACUGCCUCCUCAAUUCCAGUGGUACAGCUUACUGCAAAUGUGCUGCUGGCUUUCAAGGGAACGGGACAGUCUGCACAGCAAUUGAUGCUUGUGAAACCAGCAAUGGGGGUUGCUCCACCAAAGCCGACUGCAGGAGGACCACACCAGGAAAUCGAGUGUGUGUUUGCAAAGCAGGAUACACUGGAGAUGGCAUCGUAUGCCUAGAAAUCAAUCCCUGUUUGGAAAACAAUGGUGGCUGUGACCGAAAUGCGGAAUGUACCCAGAUUGGACCCAACCAGGCUGCCUGUAACUGUUUACAAGGCUAUACAGGAGAUGGUAAAACAUGUACACUCAUCAAUAUCUGCUUAACAAGAAAUGGUGGCUGCAAUGAAUUGGCUAUCUGUAAUCAAACUGGCGUAGACGAAAGGACUUGUACCUGCAAACCAGGUUACGAAGGGGAUGGAUUCACCUGCCGGGGACCCAUCUAUCUGGAACUUCCCAAAAAUACUGAUACCAUCCCCUACUUCUUUCAUCUUCAGGAAAAUGCCAUUCGAGACCUGAUGGGCCCAGGUCCCUUUACUGUCUUUGUGCCUUGGAAGGAAGCUUUAGAGAAUGCAUCCCAAACACAGGUUAAAGAGUGGAUCACCCAGGGCGUCAUGCCGCAGGUCCUUCGAUACCAUGUAGUCGCCUGCCAAAAAUUGCUCUUGGAAAACCUAAAACUGAUUCCAAGUAUGACUUCACUCCAAGGGGAAACCAUCCAUAUCAAUGUGUCCCAGGAUAUGGUUUAUGUAAAUGGCAAUGCUAAGAUAGUGUCCAGCGAUAUCAUCUGUAGCAACGGAGUGAUCCACAUCAUAGACCAAAUACUGGUGCCAAAAAAAUUGCAAGAAAUACGCAAAGAUGCCUCUGGGAAUAAUGCAGAUAUCAUCUCAGUGGCAGUUCAACAGGGGUACCUGAAGUUCGCCAGCAUGCUCCAGGACACUGGUUUGCUAAGUUUUAUCAAUGACCCCGUCCACAAACCCGUAACCCUGUUCUGGCCCACGGACAAAGCUCUGAAAGAUCUUCCCCAGGAACAACAAGAUUUCCUGUUUGGCAAAGACAAGGAUAAACUAAAGCAAUACCUCAAGUUCCAUAUCAUCAGAGAUUCCAAGAUCUUGGCAGUGGAUUUGCCCAGUGUUGCAUCCCGGAAGACAUUACAAGGUUCUGAACUCAAUGUGAGAUGUGGUGAUGAGAACAACAUUGGUGACCUCUUUCUGAAUGAUCAGAAGUGCCGGAUUGUCCAGCGGCAGCUCGAGUUUGAUAGCGGCAUUGCGUAUGGGAUUGACUGCAUGCUGAUUAACCCCAGCUUCGGGGGCCGCUGUGACAGUUUCGUUACCUUCAAUGUCUCGGGAGAGUGUGGGAGCUGCUACAACAUUCCUCGCUGCCCAACAUGGAGUAAGCCAAAGGGAGUGAAGCAGAAGUGUUUUUACCACCUGCCAUUCAGGAGGAACCUGGAAGGCUGCCAGCAGAAGUGCACGAUGGUUAUGAGGCUGCCUAAGUGCUGUAAGGGCUACUUUGGGAGAGAUUGUCAAGCUUGUCCUGGAGGAUCCACGACCCCAUGUAAUAACCGGGGUGUCUGCAUCGACGAAUAUUUUGGGGAUGGAGAGUGCAAAUGCAAUACUGGGUUCAAUGGAACGGCAUGUGAACUGUGUUGGCCUGGAAGAUAUGGACCAGACUGUAAAUCCUGUGAAUGCUCAGAACAUGGGACGUGUGAUGAGGGCAUCACCGGCUCUGGAAAUUGCUUCUGUGAAACAGGCUGGACCGGUCGAUUCUGUGACACUCAGCUAGUUUUGGCUCCCGUGUGCACACCUCCAUGUUCCAAGUACGCUACCUGUAAAGAGAAUAACUCGUGUGAGUGUAACCUGCAUUAUGAAGGGGACGGGAUAACAUGUACAGUUGUGGAUUAUUGCAAGCAGAACAAUGGCGGCUGCUCAAAGGUUGCCAAGUGUUCGCAGAUGAACACGGCAGUGUCCUGCAGCUGCCAAAAAGGCUACCAGGGGGACGGGCACAUCUGUACAGCUGUGGACCCCUGUGCGGAUGGGCUGAAUGGAGGGUGUCACGAGCAUGCAAUUUGUACCAUGACGGGUCCGGGCAAGCACAGAUGCGAAUGCAAAAGCCACUACGUGGGUGAUGGAUUGGACUGCGUGGUGGAACAGCUCCCCAUCGACCGAUGCUUACAAGACAAUGGGCAGUGCCAUGCAGAUGCCAACUGUGCCGACCUCCACUUCCAGGAUGCAACUAUCGGCGUCUUUCACCUACGUUCUCCCCAAGGCCAGUACAAGUUGACCUUUGAUGAAGCCAGAGAAAUGUGCGCUAAGGAAGAAGCAACCAUCGCCACCUACAUUGAGCUCUCCUACGCCCAGAAGGCCAAGUAUCAUCUCUGUUCGGCUGGUUGGCUCAGUGAUGGGAGGGUGGCCUAUCCGACCGCUUACUCCUCUCAGAACUGUGGCUCGGGUUUCGUCGGCAUCGUGGACUACGGGCAGAGGCCCAACAAGAGCGAAAAGUGGGAUGUCUUCUGCUACCGAGUGAAGGAUGUGAACUGUACGUGCAAGGUGGGCUAUGUAGGAGACGGCUUCGCUUGUAGUGGCAACCUCCUGCAGGUUCUGAUGUCCUUCCCCUCGCUGGCGAACUUCCUAUCCGAAGUUCUGAUAUAUUCCAAAAGCUCGUCCAAAGGCAAAGCAUUCCUGAAGCAGCUGACUGAUCUAUCAACUCAUGCUACUCUCUUUGUGCCAAAUAAUGAUGGACUCUGGGAAAACAAGACACUUUCUGGAAGAGACAUCGAGCACCAUCUCUCCAAUGCUAGUACUUUAUUUUAUGAAGAUCUCACCAACGGCACCACCCUAUGGACUCGGCUAGGAGGCCAGCUGCUGAUUACAUAUGGGCAAGACCCACUUCACACAAAUGAAACCAGAUUUGUUGAUGGACAAGCCAUCCUCCAAUGGGAUAUUUUUGCUUCCAAUGGAAUAAUCCACAUAAUUUCAGGGCCUUUGAAAGCACCUCCUGCACCAGUUGUUUCUGCUCAUGCCGGUUUGGGAGCAGGUGUAUUCUUUGCCAUCAUAUUGAUCAUUGGGGCCAUUACGUUAGCUGGAUAUUCUUACUUCAGGAUCAGUCGGAGAACAAUUGGCUUCCAGCAUUUUGAGCCAGAAGAGGAUAUAGAUGUCACAGCCCUUGGCAAACAGCCAUCCUCGAAUAUUUCCAACCCCAUGUACGAGAGCACAACCACGCAGCCUCCAGAACCCGACUAUGACCCUUUUUCGGAAUCUGACGAACAGCAGCUUGUGACUAGUGGUACCCAAGACCUUUAAGAUGACCUGGAGCCAUGGGAGCCACUUGUGAAGUCCCCACUUUGGGAGCUUACAGAGCAGCCCUCAACCAGUUGAUGGGAACUGUGAAUCCUUAGGGCCAGCCAAGUUUCAGGAAUGAUGAAGUAGAAGUCACUCCAAUGUCAUACCUCAUUACUUUUGUUCUGGGGCUUUUUUACUUUUAUUGGGAGGGGGGAAGAAGGUAGAGAAAUGGGCGUUUCCUUCUGUGCUCCAUUUCAGCCCAAUGGAAGACAAACCAUUUCCCGGAAUUCAACAUUGCCUGGAAUGAUAAGAGCGAACAUUAAUAUAGCUCUUUAAGGUUUCCAGAGACCUUCAUACAGUUAUCCCCAUUUUUGUCCUCAAAAUGACCCUGGGAGUUAGGUGCUAUUAUCAUCCUCAUUUUACAAAUGAGGAAACUGAGUCAGACAGAGGUUAAGUGGCUUACCCAAAGUCACACAGCUAGUGAGUGUCUGAGGCUAUAUUUGAAUUCAGGUCUUCCUCCAAGGAUGAGCUCAAGCCUCUCUACAUUGCCCUCCCCCUUCAAGUUUUCCUAGACCAUUCUGUCUGGAUCUCUCAUUCACUCCUUGCUCUUUUUUAUAUUUAUCCGCAUACAUGCAGUAUUUCUUCUCUCCUUGCUCCAACUAGAAUGGAAGCUCCUUGAGGGCAGGAAUUGUAAUUUUUUUAAAAAAAAUUUGCACAUAGUAUGCACUUAAUAAAUGUUUUUGAAUGAAAUGCAAACAGAAAAAAAAAAGGGCUUUCUGCUCCUUACGCAUUAUCUGUUUGGCUGAAAAACUUCAGUGAGUGACCUUGACAAGGAAAUAAAAAACCUGUCCCUUAAUUAAAAGUCGGAAUCAAACAAAGCAUCCUUAUUUCAGAUUGAGCCAGCAUGUAUAAUGUUUCUAAUACACAUUUUAAUUAUAUUGGAACAAACCUAUAAUCUCCCUGAUGAGGGGAUGCUCUCUACCAAAGCAAGCUGGUACCUCUCUGCAAUUCUGAGCAUUAAGGGAGCAACCUGGGGAACUAAAACGCUGAUUGUUACCCAGGAUCACAUAGGCCAGAAUAGGUCAGAAAUGGGACUUGGCCCCAGAUUUUGCUGACCACAAUGCCUGAUUCCUACUGACUGCACAAUGUUGAUUUUCAUUAUUAGAACCUAGGAGUAGGAUGGAUUCCUCUCUAGGAUGACAGAUCAACCUGAACUCACAAUGCCAACUUGGUACGCCACAUGGCUACAAUUCAAUCUCUCAGAGUUCGGAGGGUUACUCUGGUGUGGGCACGUUAACUCCUACGACUCACCACUGUAGCUCUUGAGCACUGGUAUGCUUCCCACUUACAGGAAAUCAGUCACCAUGACAGCAUCAAGUAGAACAUAGAAACACUACUCAGAAAUAAUAAUAAUACUCAAUAGAAGGCAAAAGCAGAAAUUAUCCCAGCAGCCCAUCCCUAAACCUGAGUCACACUUGUCUGUGGGGAAGACAGGAGAGAUCACAUUUAUAAAAAACCUAGCAGGAAGUAUGUGAGUGUGGAAACUCAUAUAGCUAAGGCUAAUUCACAGCUCUGGACUACAGAUCUCGAUGUCCUUGGUCUCCCUCAGGAACAAUCUACACCACACAAAACUGACUCUUUGCUAGAUGGUCUCAUGUUCUCAAGUUAAAAAGUGUCAGGUUCUUACUGCACACAGUCAUCUUUAACAGGGCACUAGGAAAAAAAAUGUUACACUAUUUCAGU